AUGAGAAAGCACAAGCUCAGGAUGAACCCAGCUAAAUGCGUUUUUGGGGUUCGAGCAGGAGAUUUCUUGGGUUUCAUAGUGCACGAACGAGGUAUUGAGGUCGCAGAAGAUAAGGCUAAAGCUGUUUUGGACACGCCGGCACCAAGGAACAAGAAGGAACUUCAGAGUUUGCUUGGGAAAAUAAACUUCCUUCGACGCUUCAUUUCUAAUUCUACUGGCAAAACCGCAGUCUUUUAUCCUUUGCUGAAGCUUAAGGUGGAUCAAGAGUUUCAGCGGGGACCUGAGCAACAGGCAGCUUUUGAGAAAAUCAAGGAAUACCUUAAACAUCCACCUGUUCUUAGACCUCCACGGCCGGGAAUACCUUUGAAGUUAUACAUCUCUGCAUCUCCUUACUCCAUCGCAGGAUUCCUAGCACAGGAUGGUGAUGGGCAGGGGGGCAAGAAGGUUGAACAUGCGGUUUAUUACUUGAGCCGAACCUUGUUAGACGCUGAAACUAGAUACUCGCCAAUUGAAAGGUUAUAUUUAGCUUUGUACUUCGCAGGUACUAAGCUUCGCCAUUAUAUGCUAUCCUUUACUACGGUGGUGGUGGCACAAACUGAUUUAGUGAAGUAUAUGCUUACCAGACCUAUGUUUAGGGGCCGGAUCAGUAAGUGGAUUUUGGCGUUAUCAGAGUUUUCUUUACAGUAUACACCCUUAAGGGCGCUUACAGGGCAGGCAGUGUCCGACUUCUUGUUGCAUUAUCCUAUUAUGGAGGAGAUUGACGACCAGAAUGUGGUUGUUUCCUUCAUUUACACUCAGCCUUGGGUUUUAUACUUUGAUGGUAGCAGCACCGAUCAUUUGUCCGGGGCGGGUAUUGCAUUGGUUAAUCUCUCUGGCGUCAGACAUUGUUACUCUUUUCAGCUGGAGUGGAAGUGCACUAACAAUCAGGCAGAAUAUGAGGCCAUCAUCAUUGGCUUGGAGUUGUUGCUUGAUUUGGAGGUCACCGAGGUAGAGGUAUUAGGUGAUUCUCUCCUAGUCAUUAACCAGCUCAAGGGGGUUUACAAGUGCAACAACUUUACAUUACUCCCUUUUUGGGAACGAGCGUCGGAAUUAUUAGACCAAUUUACCGAUGUGGUGCUUGAUUAUAUUCCUCGCGAACGAAAUUUCGCUGCCAAUGAAUUAGCACAGCUGGCUACGGGCAUUCAACUGGCGGAUGGCAUUCGCGAAAGAAUUUUGAAGGUUCAGAGACGCACAUUACCUUCCUUUAUGGCAAGGAAGGAGGUUAACGAUGAAUGGUUGGUGGCUGCUAUCGAUACUAUCGAUGAGGAUUGGCGGCAGCCAAUCAUCCAGUACCUGACUGAUCCUUCUGCACCGGUGGACAAGAGGGUUAGGUAUUUCGCUACUAACUACGUCCUUCGAGGCGGUGAGCUAUUGCGCAUGGCAGAAGAUGGUUUGUACCUACGAUACAUCUAUGGAGCUGAGGCUAAGAGGUGUUUGCGAGAGGUUCACUGUGGCAAUUGUGGUUCUCACCAGGCUGGUCCAAAGAUGCGAUGGCUCAUUCGCCGAUAUGGUUUUUAUUGGCCUACCAUGCUCAAGGACUGCAUCAGCUUCGCACAGGGUUGCAUCGAAUGUCAAAUGCAUGGACCAGUCCGGCAUGUGCCUGACGUGCCUCUGCAACCAAUCAUUAAACCUUGGCCGGGUCGCGGUUGGGCUUUAGACUUUAUUGGGGAGAUUCAUCCCAAUUCGUCCCUACAACACAAGCACAUUCUCUUGGCUACAGAUUUCUUCACCAAAUGGGUCGAGGCCAUACCAGUCAAGACGACGUCUUCAGAGGUGAUCACGGACUUCAUCUUCAAAUAUAUUAUCACCAGGUAUGGUAUCCCAGAAUGUUUGGUUGCAGACAGGGGGGCAGGUUUCAUGGCUGAGAGGACCCAGAAGUUCUUAGCUGGCUAUGGGAUCAAAUUUCUGCAUUCUAGUCCCUAUUAUGCUCAAGCGAAUGGCCAGGCAGAGGCUAGCAACCGCGUCAUUCUGUCCAUACUCAAGCGAAUGUUAGAUGCCAAUCCGCGAUCGUGGCACCUAGAGUUGGAUCACGCAUUGUGGGUUUACAGAACUUCCAAGCGUACUCCAACUGGUACUACCCCCUAUGCAUUGAUGUAUGGCCAUGAUGCGGUCAUUCCUAUGGAAAUUAAUGUUCAGUCACUGCAGGUUCGCGAACAGCACCAGCUGAUUGGGGAAGACUAUGUUCAAGCUAUGUUUCAAGAACAUGAGGACUUGGACUUUCGCCGGAUGGAAGCUCUUGAUAGCCUUAUUGCUGAAAAGAAAAAGAUAGCACGACUUUAUGACAAACGAAGGCGAGGACGCAACUUUGGAGUUGGUGACUUAGUUUGGAAGGUUUGUUUGCCUUUUGGUGAACGAGUUGAUGGUCGCGGUAAAUGGUCUGCUAAAUGGGAAGGUCCUUAUGUGAUUGAUCGAGUAAUGGGCAAAGGCGCCUACAACCUUCGCGAUACUGACGGGAAUGCUCAUCGCAAUCCCAUGAAUGGUCGACAUCUUAAGAAAUACUUUCCUAGUGUUUGGGAAUAUGAAGAUCCACCGACUGCGGUGCAAGCAAUAUAG